CUCAUGUGUAUUUGGUAUUUUGGUGACAUACAAAUAUUGUUCAUAGUAGCUUUAAGAUUGCAGAAAAAAAUGAAACUCUGUGCUAUGCUUGCAAGGAUUUGUUUUUGUGAACCGUCUCUCAAACUCAUAAGAGUUGCAGAUCACGUGCUUCUAAAGUGUUGCUCUUCAUCUUCCCCAGCACCUUAAUUAGCUCUUCCUCAAUUGUUUGUGACAUGUUCCUCUGAAAUAAUGAGAUAGGAUUAAUUAUAAAUGAAAUAUCGUCUACGCAUUUAUUAUUUAUUGUUGAUGAAGCCCGCAGGGACGAAGCAGGGCCAGAGUUCGGCGAUAUAAAACUUUGUUUCAAGGUAAAUAGGAAGACAGCUUUCCCAUCCCUGGUGAAGGUUUAUGGUGGGUCAAUGCCAACACAUCAAGGAUGACGAUGAUGACGAUGGUGAUGAUGAUGAUGGUGACGUACAAAGAUGUGUAUAUGUAUUUUAAUUUUUUUUUAACCUGAAAAGGUUAAAGAGCAAAAAUUGAGGUUUAGCUUAUGGUGUGUGUUCAACAUACAUAUGACCCUCCCAGACAUCCCCAUACACACCUCUUCCCCCCUUGUCCUCCCCAUUCUGUGUAAUUGAAAAUGCAAGGCUAUAUUUGGACAGAGCUGAUGUCACAAGUGGAUUGAGAGAUGAGCCUAUAACUGUUGCAGUCAGUAUGUGUGACAGUCUGACAAACCCUGGACGGCUCCAGUGACGGCUGGGAUCUGCUGGCUGCAUGCAAACACAAAGACAGUAUUCACCCUACACUAUGUAUCACCUACGGCUGUCUGUGCUUCUCCUCGUUCUGCUUGUAUUGCUGCGCUGUGUCACCACUGCCCCAAGCCACAGGUACUUCAGUCCCAGCUCAUCCAGCGAGCAGGAAAGUGCUUUUCCGGACAGUGAUGGCUGGCUCGCUGCUGGGCUCAUUUCCAACCCAUUCCUUGACCUUGUAGGGACACGGCUGCAAAGAGGGCUCACAGCUAUGAAUGGUCAUCACCUAGAGAAGAGGAAGUGCAACACAGCCACCUGCGUCACCCAAAGGCUAGCAGACUUCCUGGUCCGCUCCAGUAACACUAUUGGUACUGUCUAUGCACCGACUAACGUAGGAUCUGCCACCUACGGCAAGAGGGACCUGAUGCAGCCUCCGAGAUACCUGUCCCUCUAGUCCCAAGCUGGGAAGCUCCACCAACACUCCCUGCUCUGAUGAUAUAAUAACAUCUUGUGUAACAAUAAUUAUGAGAUGGUGUUGGAAAAGAUGACACAGAGGGAAACAAUGAAGACCAGUAUUUUCAUUUUAUACAUUUAAAGAAACAGUGCCUUUAAUUUGUCAAUGUAUGACUUUUUUUCUGGCUUUGUGUGUGCUGUGGAUUUGUUAAUGCUGCAUUUAUGGCACGUGAAUAAAAAUAAGUGAAUGAAAAUAGCAAAUAAAACAUAAAAGACAACAGAUGUACAGUCAUAUGAAAGAAAUGUCUGUGGAUUUUUGAUAAUAAAAAUA